UAAUGGAGGGAUUUUCUGGUCUAUUUGCAGCUUCUGAGCCCUCAUCUAUCCCUUCUGCUCCAGGGCCCCCCUCUGUUGUUCCAACAUGUACUGGUGCGUUUGUGUCAGGAAAGACACAGACUUCAACUCCAACAGUACCUGGUCCUCCGCUGCCGAUCCCUCCGCCACUUUCUUCUAGUUCUUCUGGAGAGGAUAGCUCCCGAAGACCUGCAGCGGGGCCCUUCUAUAUUCUUGGUGAACUUCCAGGACUUUCAGAUCUCACUGGCAGUGUCAAUCUUAUCUUGCACUACAACUUGGAACAUUCCUUCAGUAAAUUCUGUGGAAAAAAAAUGAAAGAGAAACUCAGCAACUUUCUUCCAGAUCUGCCAGGUAUGAUUGAUACUCCAGGCGCUCAGGAUAACAGCAGUCUACGUUCACUGAUUGAAAAGCCACCGAUCUGUGGAAACUCCUUCACUCCACUAACAGGUGCCUUGUUGACUGGAUUCAGACUGCACACUGGACCACUUCCAGAACAGUGUCGUUUGAUGCAUAUUCAACCACCAAAGAAGAAAAAUAAAAAACACAAACAAAGCAGAACCCAGGAACCCGCACCUCCAGAGACACCAUCAGAUUCUGAUCACAGAAAGAAGAAAAAGAAACAAAGAGAAGAUGACCCAGAGCGAAGAAGGAAGAAAAAAGAUAAGAAGAAAAAGAAAAGUCGCCAUAGUCCAGAGCAUCCUGGAGCAGGGAGUUCACAAAGUGGAUUGCGUUAAGACACUUCUUCUUCAGAUUUCUCUGUUUUGUAUUUAAUUUUUUUUAUUAAUAAAAUUCACCCACCUUCAGAGGACAUUGUUUAGUUAUUUCCUAUUUCUCAAAUAUUUUGAAAUGUAAGCUUUUUUUUUUUUCCUUACAAGCUUCUCCCUAUUUUAAGCAUGAAACUGCUUAGCUGUUUUUUUUUAUUUUUUUUUUAUGUUUUUAUUUGCACCAAUAAAAUACAUAUACAUAAAA